AUGAAGAAGAAGCUGCUGGAGGCAGCUCAGUCCAAGGAGCAUGAGGAGGCCGACUGCCUGGUCGUAAUACUGAUGUCACACGGCAAUCAGGGCGCAAUCUUGGGCACAGAUAUCAAGGAGGUGCACUUGGUCCGCGAUGUAUACACACUCUUCAACAACGAGGAGUGCCCAGCCCUGCAAGGAAAGCCUAAGCUGUUUUUCAUACAGGCCUGCCGGGGAGAGAAGAGCGACAACGGGACCGCCGCCAUUGCGCAUGACACUACAGAUGCUGGGAAAAUAGGGCCUGAAUUGCCACAGUCGUCGCCCUCGACAAAGCCGGAACGUGUGGUCACUAGGUCGGAUAUGUGCAUCGUCUACGCGACCAUCUACGGCUACGAGGCCCUCAAGAACAGUGUGAUUGGUUCGUGGUUCCUCUCGGCCGUUUACGAAGUGUUCAGUGAACAUGCUGGCACCAUGCACCUGGAAGAGCUGAUGCAUCACGUCCAAGACAAAGUAAUGAGUCGGUCCUCCCACGAUGGUGGCAAGCAGACAUGCAGUGUGGUGUUGGACGGCUGGAGGAAGCACCUGUACUUCAACCCGGGAUACGCCGGUGACUGCAGGCCAGAUACGAAAACAGUGUAGUUGCUCCGUAAAUUAUUUUUUUUCUUUUUCAAGAGGAAUAGGCGAUAACACUCUUUGUGACGUCUGUGCUAACGAGGAGACCCUGACGCGCAUCUUCUGCUACUGUCCUCGCUACUCUAGGCAAAGACGAUCACUCUAACAAUGUGCUUCAUUGGGCUGGUUGGUUCUGCAUGGUAGACGACGAAUAAAAACAGCGCUAAACAUGGGACGAGAAGAUGACACAUACACAUACGAUCACUCGCAAUCGCUCUAGCUCGCCUUGAACACAUACCUAUGUCCCUAUGUCAUCCUGGAAAGUUUUUUUAUUGAGAUUAUUUAGACACAACGUGUCUGGGUUGAAAUGAUUAAAGUGUAGGCUACGGCGGACUGAGGAAUGCUGUCGCCGCAGAUGUUGAGUGCGUUGUUACCAAUUCGUUGUUUCUAUUGAGAAUUCAUCGAGGGAUGUUGUAACCAAUCAAACAUUUAUGUGGC